AUGUACGAGCCAGACAUGUACGAGCCAGACAUGUACGAGCCAGACAUGUAUGAGCCAGACAUGUACGAGCCAGACAUGUACGAGCCAGACAUGUACGAGCCAGACAUGUACGAGCCAGACAUGUACGAGCCAGACAUGUACGUGCCAGACAUGUACGAGCCAGACAUGUACGAGCCAGACAUGUACGAGCCAGACAUGUACGAGCCAGACAUGUACGAGCCAGACAUGUACGAGCCAGACAUAAACGAGCCAUACAUAAACGAGCCAGACAUAAACGAGCCAGACAUAAACGAGCCAUACAUAAACGAGCCAGACAUAAACGAGCCAGAUUUAAACGAGCCAGAUUUAAACGAGCCAGACAUAAACGAGCCAGAGAAACAAGCCAAACAAAUGUGA